GUUUAUGUGCUUGACGUCGCGAACUUUGACGUAGUUUUUCUUCUUUUCGUAGAUGUGUCCUCAACUGAGUACAGUUUCACCCGAACACUCUGAACUUAAGCGUCUCCGUUCACGUGUUAGCCUAAUAACAUGUUUUACACUUUCGAUCUGUUCGGCCGCGUACAUGUACAAACUUCUGGACGAGGCAAUUGCGGAUUUUGAAACUGAACUUCCUAAAAAUGAUGACUUUAGAAAAGAUAUUAAUGAAAAACAAAGUCCAAAAAUUGUUUCCCAACUAAGAGCUGUUUUGGAUCAGCGUGGAGUGCUUUAUUCUUCCCUUGACCUUAAUGAUAUUGAGUUUGCAGUUAACUCGACCGGUAAUUUGGUUUAUACCUAGGUAGUUAAAUUCUUUGUUUAAUCCUUAAGAUCUCCGAAACAUAUUUGAAAUUUACUGAGAAACUAUUCAUGUAUGGUUUGGGUCCUAAGUACAGUGAAGGUGUAUGUUUUGUAGCUUAGGGUAUAAUUAUGCACAUGGAUACACAUUUAGAAACCAAGUCAGUCAUUUAAACACAAUGCAGAACCCUCCACAUGCAUAUACUGUCUCAAGUUCCUAUACCUUAUUAGCACGGAUAGAUCAUGUCGACAAACUCCAGAAUAAUAAAGAUAACAAUAUUAGUGUUAACAGAAAAGGUUAAGCAUCGAAGAUACGCCUUAAGAAAAUAUAAGUUUGGUGAUGUGACAAGACAUUUGUACAAAGCAUUAGCUUUUAUUCUCUGUAUGUAGUUUAAUUUUUGAAGUUGUUUUUUGUGUGUGCAUAUUUUAAUGGCAGUAAUUGUAGUUGUGGUCAUAUUCAGAGCAGCAUAUAAAUAAUUCAAUGAACAGCGUAUAUUAUAGUACAGAAUCCAGGAAUGAGUUUUUCAGUAAAUAGAAGACAUGUUCUAGGUUUGGUACCUGUACUAAUAUUUUUCGUGAUGUAUCCUCAACCUUAUUUACAAACCCUUGUCUUAAUUUAUUACCGCUCCCUUGGAAAAUUAUCAGAACCGCCUGCAUUUAUUUAUUUGAACACAUAAACACCAGUAAAAGGGUGCACCGAGUAUAUGUGCUCCACACAAUAAAAACAAGGUUGUGAGGGGACAGAAUAAAACUUUCUGCUUACAAAAUUAACUUAUUUUAUCUUUUUAUACCUCACGUAUUUGACGGUAGUCUUUCACGACUAUAAAUUUUCAAUUUCUUUAUUUAUAGGACAAGCUGUCUACAUAAUCUUGUUUCGUAAUUUUUUGUUUGUGGGAAGAUAUUUGGCGUCUGACAUUAAAAGGCACCCCGCUAUAGAUCCCUUUAACUUAUUGUAAUUACACUGAAAAUUGGUUCGAAUAAUUGAUCUCGAAUCACAAGCUGGCUACUCUCUCUGAACUAAGUGGUCCCAGAUUUCCACCUUCAAACCAUUGUCUGGAAGCUGGGUGCCUUAUAUUCUGGGACACGCGUGUACCUAUGUAUGACUCCACUGUAAAUACUUCAUUUGAUGAGUUCCCUAUUCCAAAUAAAUAGUCUUAUGUCGACGUUACUUUGUCAUUUAAAACAUAAGGUCGUUAUUUUAUGUUUUCCAUCCCGUAAUUUUCUUGUAUCUUUCCUCGUAUAUGAAGCUUUUUACCGUCGUUAGUGUUGUUUUUCUCUAUUACUGUUAGUCUCUGUUUAUAUAGUGUCUGACAACUUCGGCAGGUAAAUAUUUGUAUAGGUCGUCUAUCUUUUUAUCUUCACUUUGGAAUUAAGUCUUUGUCAUUAUUGUCACUCCAACUACCACCAGCUGCAUUUGAUGUGAUGGGUUAAGGAUGAAAUUAGUACUCAAUAUUGACUUCACGACACACAAAAAACAACCAAUAAGUAUGAAUUACCAUUUUAGCUGUGAUAAAAUAUUAACUAUUUGGAUAUUAUCAUUGUGGCUUUGAUAGUCUUUCGAUAUAGUCAAGUGAUUUUGCAUUUUCUGGAGAUUAGUUGUAGUUGUUGUUGGUCAUUACCGUACACUUAAGAUUCAGAAUAGAUAUUCCAUCUCAUAAUUUUCUGUAACUUGAUGCAAACGAAAUAUCACUCUGCGAUAUUUUCCCGUCAUUUUAUACACUGGUCACUGUAAGUAAACAGUUUUAGUUAAAUUAAAAAAGCACAUUAGGAUAAGUUAUUUAUGACGAAAGAUGAUGGAGUUUUGGAUGUGGAUUUGAGGAUGGUCGAACCAACUAUUUAACUACUCCACGAACAUUCGGAACUCAAAACUUCGAUAAGUGAACUUGGUGAGGUUAGUCAUUUAUGUUGAUAAACAUCCUUAAAUUGGAUUGUAUUGUCGAGCUUAAAGUCGUCACGUUGGUGAAAACUGCAUCUGUAGUCGUGCGAAAAUCCAAAUCAUCUUGUGCCAUAUAAAGCAAUUUCUUUUUUAUGAUGAGCCUAGUUUUGUUACCAUUUCAUCCUAGUGUUAAUGGCGGUGCUAUUUCUCCUUCACCAUACCUUCACUAUUAGAAUUCUUGUCCCAACUGAUUUGUUCCAAUUUAUUUUCAUUUACAAAAAUGUUAAUUUGUACAUAUUCAGUCAGAUUCUUCUAACGUGAUGGAUAAAUAUGCUAUCUUUCGCUGGUGGUGUUCUUACUAGAUCGAAAAUAAUUUGUUCAUUAUUUUGAACUAACUAGAGUACAUCCAGCAUUUUAAGUGCUGGAUAUUGGCGUCAUUCGAGAAAUAUACAAAUAUUCAUCAGAUGUAUUAUAAACGUUGAUCGCUUAGUAAAAUAAAAUUUGAAAAUUAUGGUAAUUCAUUAUGGUAUUAAACUCGUGUGCUUUCGUUAAUAACAUUUCACAUGAUAGUAGAUAGGUGAAAACUCUGAUUGAGGUUCACACGAUUGCUAUGGUCAGUGGUUGUAGUGGUUGAGUGACAUGGAUUAGAAUCGGCACGAUGGUCCAGAUACAUUUAUUCUUUAUCUCACCAUAAAUUUUGAGUUCUAAAGUAUCUCGUGCCUUUUAUUCCGCAAGCGUAUUCUCAGAUCAUAUUGCAUUAUCUACUACCGUUAACCUUUUUACUACUUCUGCUAUGGUAUUUGUCUUGAUAAAUUUAUCUCACUGUAUUGAUGUGGUGUGGUGAGGUGGACCGAUGCACAUGCGUCCCAGGUUCAACGUUGUUUAAAAAUGAUUGACUAUGUUUUAUCAAAAUAUUUUCUUCUUUUCUUCUUGUUCCUCCUUACUAAGGGCUUUAGGGAUGUUCACUAAACAAUUAAUUAUUACCGCUCGUUUAACAGCUUUUCAUAAUCCACGUCGUAGCUAAAUACUUGCCUACUUAAUAUCUGGAGGAUUUAGUUUAUUCGGUUGUAUACUUUGUAACAGGUUUGCAUGCAUGAUAAUCUUUGGACUGAUCGUUUCAUUUUAGGUCUCGUUACUUCGAGUGAACUUUCAAAUGCCAAAGCUGAGCAGUUGAAGUUUGCAAGCACGAAUUUCUCCAACUCCCCAGAUGCACUUCUGUACAGAAAACUAGUUAAUUCAUUUCAUCAGUCUUUGAAGUUGGAUUACACGUCAUCUAGUUUCAAACCAAAUAGCAUUGUAUUUGACAGUGAAUCUGAAUUUAUUGAACAUGUUGAAGAUAAAAAGGAUAGUGUUUGGCUUUUAGCCGUAGCUGCUCCACAGUCUCUCUCUUCAUCAAUCGCGGGAGAUCAUACGAGCACAACUCCAUCCAGAAUAAAACCUUCAUCAGUUGUUACUGAGCAGAUUUGGUCUGUUUUAUGUUAUCGGUAUCAGUCCUUUGGAUUUAAGAUGGGUUUACUGAACUGUGGAAAACUACACAGCCUUUGUAUUGAUCGUGGCUUCAUUAAUCCUGACCUUAUUCUUGCCUUACCCAAAGGUGGUGAACGUAUGAAAGAUAUAGUACAAUUUCGACCUUUGCCUAAAGAUCCAGAAUCUACAUCAAUUAUUGAUUAUGAAUCAAGUAACUACAUCUUAGAAGGUAUUCACACGUGGAUUGUAUCAGUGUUAGCAGAACGUGUAAAACUACUGAAUAACAUAAACAGCAUUUAUCCAGUGAAUUCAAUAUUAUCGAUUGACCGAUUGAUAAAAAUGGAUUAUUUAAAACAUUUAUUGUCAUUUUGGUUAUUGAAACGGCCUCAACCAAUCCAUGUUCUUUGGUUUCCUGAGUUCUCUGUCAAGUCGAAGUUAAGUCGCUCACAUCAACAACCACCAUUAGUUUUAAGUGCACUUUCUGUAACAUAUACUGGUCGAGUUCGCUUUUGGAUUGUACCGAAUGAAACAGUGAAGCAGAAUCACACAUUAAUUAAUAAUAAAGUUAAUAAUUGGCCAAUUACAGCUCCAUCUGUUAACACAGUAUAUGAAUUGGUAAUCAAUUUAAAUUGUACCAUUAAUUCUCAUUUUCUCAUAUUAACACCUGAAGGUAAAUGUUACUCGUUUGGUUUAAACGAAAGGGAAUAUUUAAGCUAUGAAAAUCUUGAAAUAUUGUUACAUUCUUUAUAUCCUUCGGCGGAUGAUUUUCUUUGGAUUGCUGUACUUUUAACUACAAUUUUAGUCUUAAUUAAUGGUGCUAUAGAAGCUGGUAGAAUUUUAUCUAUUCUCAUACAUUCAUUUUACGUAAAUCAUGGUGUUGUGGGAAGGCAUCAUACUAGUACUGGUACCCGUCGGUCAGCUUUAGCUAGAACCGUGAUUAGACUAGCACGUCAAGGAUGGACAUCUCAUAUUCCUAAUUUCAAUAUUAAUCAACAUUAUGAAGUUAUUAAUAACAAUAAUAGACCAACUGAUAAUCAUUAUCGUUCAACCGAUGAACGUCGAUUAAUUUAUGGUGAUCAACUGAACAGUUCAUCAUCAAUCAAUAUACAAUCGUUUAUAAUAUCUCAUAUUUUAGAAUGGAUAAAAAUGUUUUUUCUAGACUUGUUCUCAGCUUAUAUUCUUCUUCUGUUAGCUAUUUUACCGUUAUUAAAUCUGUUAAGUUUAUCUUAUUCUCUGCCUAUUAUUAAUUUAACUCUCUAUUUAUUAAGGUCAUUUGUCUUAUCCUCACCUAUAAUCAAUUUACGUCUUACUAUCCUAUCAGGUCAUUUAAACUGGUAUUAUUUAUUUUCCUUUAUGUUGACGUUUUGGUUGUUUAUUGUAUUUUUGUCAAGUUGUGUAAUGUCGAAAUAUGAAAGACAUAAUGAUCAACUUACUAACAAUUCACAUUCUCGUCCUAAUCGACUGGAUCCUGUCUUAGUCCGAGAACGGUUAAAUCAAAUACCACCUGACCAGUUAUGGGAUGAAUUGUCUCGUUUAAUCAUUCAAUCAGAUAUUGAGCUAAGAUCUGGUUCAGCAGAUUCUGCAACUUCAAGUACAUUAGAAUCUGAUGCUCGUUAUCCUCACUAUCAAACUUUCAAUAAUCAAUCAAGAUGUGCAAAUGAAACUUUAUCGUCAAGUCUUAUUACAACACAAAGUAAUCAUAAAGAAAAUACAGAAGUCGUGGAAGGCUAUCGUUUAUUGCGUAGACUACGCAGACUUUAUCAUAUUCUCAGUCAACAAACUGAUCAUUUAACAUCAACUUCAAUGAAUCCAAUUGCUUCGUUUUCAUCAGCAGAUGUAUAUCAUCAAGGGAGUAGAGAAAAUAAUGAAUCGUUAAACCAUAAAACUGCAGCACAUAUGUACACUUGGAACUGUUUAAGUUCACUUGGUAAUAGUAAUGCUAGACCUCAUACCAGUGUAAAUCCUAGUCAGUGUCAUUCUCAGACAAGAAAAUCAUUUAGUAUCACCAAGCAGCUCAUAAGUAAUGUGGAUACUAAUUAUGAAGCUGAAGAUGAAUGCGAAGAUACUACUAGUGAUGAUCGUAUUUAUCCAAAAACUUCAUCUUUUACAAGAAGAAGGUAUAGAACUCAUCUUCGUCCAAAUAUAAGAAGUAAUCACUUAUCAAAUCCGAUAACCGUAUCCCCAAGUUCAAGUUCUACCUCAGAUGUGGACACUAUUGAUCAUGAGGCAUGCCUAAAUAACGGUUUUCUUCAUUCUCGUAGAGUUUCUAAACGAAGUAAUUUACUGUCCAGUAAUUCUAUGUUGUCCACUUCUUCCUCGUCAUCAUAUGUGUCGUCCAAUGAUAUAAAUUUUGCGAAUCCUUUGAACGAUUGGCCAUCAUGGGUUGUACCGUGUAAAGAAUGUGUUGUAUGUUGGCAGAAAUUCCGUUUAGGUGUACGCCUAAGUGCACUUCCUUGUGGACAUGGUUUUCAUGAACAUUGCAUUAGAAAGUGGUUAGAUACUGGUGCAUUUGAAUGUCCUGUCUGUCGGUGGCCAGCGUACGCACCGCAUUUACGGCAGCAAUGUCAAAUGAUUGAACAGUUGAUUAGUGCCGUUCAAAAUACUAUCGAUUUUGCAAAAAGUUCUAAUAACAAAAAUUAGUAGUCGACAUUAUUCACUUCUAAAAGUAUAGUUGUAGAUAAUCACUCAACUAACUUUUUUAGCAGAAAUUAUUUAUCUUUGUAACGUUUACACUCCGGUUUAUUAUUUGUACAAAUUCCUUCUUUUUAAUAAAAUUCGAAAUAUGCUUUUCGUAAAAUACUCUUUUUCCUCAUAGAAUAAAUAUGCAUGUUUGCGCCACGAAGUUGACUUUCA